AUGACACCACUGGUUGCGGCUAGUGUGCUCCUCUCAUAUGGCGCUAAUCCGGAGCACAAGACGGAGGACAACCGUACGCCACGGAAACGUUCAGCACUGGCUUCAUGUAUACCGUCGCUGAACUUACGCAACCAGACACGCAUUCAGAGAUUUGGGGAUCCAGAGCAGAUGUUACAAGCCAUUGCACACAUAUGCCUUUCGAAGUACGGUGCGAUGGGAGGUACUAAGACGACGGCGCAGAGCAACGACAAGCGAGGCCACAACUGCAACUCCAAAGGUCAUUUUGCCAAGGAAUGCCGCAAACCAAAAAGGGAGCCUGGAUCAUGUUAUGCUUGCGGAGAGAUGGGCCAUGUCAUAGCAGAAUGCAAGAAGAAGAAGAGUGUUGGUGUAUUCAACAAAAGCACCGGGUUCGACAACAGUUAUAAUGCCUCAUAGACUCAGGAAGCCCUAUUUCAUUUGUGAAGAAAUCAUCAUUUCCAUUAAAUAUACCAAUGGAUAAACCAGUCAA